AAGUUAUAUAAAACAGUAUAGAGAAUGGAUGGUUUUGACUUGAGUGUUAACUUGCGCAGUGAUAGGUGUAGUCGCCAGUGAUAAAAAUAUAAAAAAAAAUGUGUGUGGGAAUAUAUAAUAUUUUUGUUAUAUGUAUGCAUUUAUCGGUGAUGUGUUGGGCAUUGCCGAUGCAAAAGUGCAAGAUUGACGAUUCACCAUGCAUGAAGACGGCAGCUCAGAGUAUGGUGCCGACCCUGGCUGCUGGGAUGCCGGAAACUGACAUGGAACCCUUGGACGUGAUGCGAGUGGACACCAUAAAGGUGGACCUAGCUGGAUUGAAACUGGUCAUUAAGGAUGCUGAUAUCAAAGGGCUGAAGAAGGCUACUAUAGACAAAAUAAGCCUUGACAUGGUGAAGAAGGAGUUAAAUUUGAUGUACCAUGCCGAUAUAGUAUUGAAAGGACAAUACAAGGCAUCGGGGCGAUUGCUGAUCCUGCCCAUCAGCGGUGAUGGGGAUACUGUCAUCAAACUAAAAAACUUGCAAAUUGAGAUGAUGAUUCCAUUUGAAAUUAUCAAAGAUGAAAACGGGAAGGACGUGCUCGACCUGAAGAGCUACAAGUUCAAGUAUGACGUGAAAACCAACGUGAAUUUCCACAUGACAAAUCUCUUCAACGGGAACAAAGUCCUGAGUGACACUAUGCAUACCUUCAUGAAUGAGAACUGGAAGGCGCUGUCUGUGGAGUUUGGAACCCCUAUGCUUGAAUCGCCGAACUCCAAAAUAUUUGGGGUCAUAAAGAAGUUCCUUCGAUCAAAACCCUUAGAGGACCUUGUUACGUACUGAGUUAUUGAGCCAUACCAAAAUUAUUACGGUAAAAUGUAUUAUUAAAAAGUUAAGGGUAGAUUUGUUAUUUCAGUAUCAAGUGGAUUAUUAUUGUAUGUAUUUUUUUAAUUAUUAUUUUGUACACCCCUGUCCCACCACCUGUGACCACCAAUGUCGCUUGAGCACCGGCGUAAGUAACUUAUAAUCACAAAUACAUCAAUGUUACUAAAAGGAACAGAGGAGAAAAGAAGUCUCGUUAUUUCAACGUUAUUUACAUUGAAAUGAAAAUUUUUAUAUACCGUAUAUAUCGCAAUAAUAUCAUUGCAUAAUAUUAUUGCAUUGUAACUACAUGGAACAGAGACGCUUUGGUCUAGCUAAUUCGAAUUGAUUUGGGUUUUUCAGAGAAAAAAAAAUAUUUGAUUUUAUUUGCAUUAGUUUUGAGCUUUACUCACUGUUAUUGUAUUUCUCUUUUCAAGCGUAACAUUGUUUUUUUUUCUACUAACACCAUCUGUAUUGAAAACUUUUGGUGUCACCACUACAGUUACUUAGAUAUGUGUAAUACAAAAUAAUAAUCCAUAUAUUUGAAAUUUAUUAUUAAGUAAUUUUAAACUAAAUUGAAGGUGGGCAAAUUUUUCUUGUAGUAAUUAUAUGAGACUGAUAAAUGUACAAAAAUAUGUUAAAAAUAAAUUGGUCGACCAAAGUUAUAUAAAGUUUACACGAUUUUCUAAAAAAGAAAUUGGUUGCCAGUUUCAAAUAAAUAUUUUUUUUGCA